AGCCCUGACCGUAGUUGGACCCAAUGGCAACAACAGAUCCAUGCUCAAACCUCCUCUAUUUCAUCGAUUGCGAAUUCAAUUCAUCAAAAAUAACCGGAAGGAAGGCAACACUUCUGGAAGUUGGUGUUGUGAUUGUUUCUCCUUUUACACUGGAAGAGUGUGGAAGCCGGCGCUGGUACAUCAAGCCUCCCAGUGAGGAAGAUGUUUCGAAACGGCUGUUAAAAAACAAAGAUUAUAAAAAUAAAGCUACACCCUUUGAAGAGAUAGCUGUGGAACUCUGUGAGUAUCUAUAUGCCAAAGUUUGGGUGGGUCAUAAUAUAGUUAAGUGUGAUUUGGAUUUGCUCAUGAGUACAUUUAUGGCAUCAAAAAUGAAAUUCAUGGUCCGCGAUGAGGAUGGUGGAUCAUCUACAAUUGAAUACCCAGUAGCAUCACGAAUAAUUGACACGUGUUCAUCAUUCCAAACAUGUGGUUUUACAAAAGGGAAGAGAGGUGUUACUUCCAUUAGUCUUGAGAGUUUGGCCAGGCAUUUUAAGAUGGACGUCAAACAGAAACACGACACUCUUUCAGAUUGCCGAUUACUCCUUAAAAUUAUAUUGCGGUGCAGUGCUGUUCUCUUUUUGGAACCGGGAAAGAGACACAACUGUGCUGCUGCAGAGCAGUAUCUUUUAAAAAAAAAUGCAGAAGAUCAAAAUGAACCUGGGGAUGAUCACUUUCUAGAAGAUCAACUUGUGGACGAGGACAAAAUCAAUGAAGAUGACAAAAGAAAGCCAAUGGAGAUGGAAUCAGCGCAUCGGUAUAAGAUUGUGCCCAAACUCGAAGAGGAUCCUUACGAUGAAUUACAGGGGGCUGAGGUGAUAAAAAAAUACAGCAAUUUGUAUGAUUCUGCUCGGACUGCCGUUGUUGUUGAGGAUAAAGAUCUAGUAUAUCUAGGUAUGCUCAACGAUUAUUUCGUUAAAAAUAAGAAAGAAGCUACGGUUCUUAAUAAGUUACUCUGUGAGGGGGAAACACGUAGAGAAAACUUAAGCAGCCAAUAUAAAGGACUGCCUCUGAAUUGGAGAGGUCGAGUAUUUGUUAUGAAACAAGGGCAAAAGGACAAUGGCUUUUAUGACAUAUUUGGAAAAGAUAGAGUAGUCAUAUUCCUCCAUUAAUAAAAGGACCUCUGAUUCUUCCCUGGCAUAUGCUAUUCCUUCCGUGGAUCCUUCCAGAUAACUAAAGAAACAAGUAUCUUUUCCCCGAGUUUCAGGUUCCUGUAAACAGGACAGCCAAUCUCCCUAUGUUACUGUUCACGCGCCAUUGAUUUACUAAGCAUGGCUACGUUUGCCAGAGGAUGUGGAUGCUAAUGCUAGAAAGAUGUUUAUUGAUGAAGUGAUGGAGCUAGUUGAGCUUAACCCAUUGAGGUGAGCACAUGUUGGGUUGCUCAGUGUCAAUGGUCUCUCGACCGAACAACACAAAAAGCUAACAAUCAUGUUCAGUUAGUGGCUAACUCAAACAUAUUCAUGGAUGAGCCAAUUUCAAGACUUAAUCCUAGAGCUGCUGCAGUGGUGUAAGAGCUGUGAGAAACAUUAUUGAUACUGGUUGAACCGUAGCCUGCACUAUUCAUCAACUCAGAAUCAACAUUUUUGAGGCCUUUUGAUGAGUUAAAUCGACUCUCUUUAGGUUUUACGUUGUUUAAUUUUCAUAAUUUUGCAAAGUUUAAAACAAUAAACUGAUUAAGUAUGGAAUAAACCCUGCAUCUCAUUCUAAUGAAGAGAGGACUACAAGAGAUUUAUGUCCGGCCCUUGGGGUGUAACUCAUGCCAUUUAAUUGUUACAUUGAGGCACCGGCUGUAUUUGGAAUUACGUAUGCACUUCUACAAUCGUAGUUAUGGUGUUAUUGUUUAUGCUAUGACCGGAUUUAAAAGGACAGUGGCCAAGUUUUUCUGGCCCUCUCCAUAAUAUGCACAUUGUUAUACUUCACUUUCUACGGCAUGGUGUCUGUCCAAUUCCAUUACUCCCAAACAAAAGCAUUGUAUCCAUUGUUGGCACCUUCUUCUAUGUGACAGAGCAUGCAUGUAUGGUGAAGAUGGUAUUUCUGGGCGUGCCCCGUUAUGUGGACAUGAGGUUAUUGAAGGUGAAAACAUGGUUGCUUCGAUUCAAAAUGUGAAGGUUUUCUUGGAAGGUUACUUUGGGUUUAAGCAUGAGUUUCUUGGAGCGGUUUCGAUUAUGACUGGUGUGUUCCACAACCCCCCCCCCCCCCCCCACCUUUCAUCAUUUCCUUGGCGAUUAAAACAUCCAACUUCCAGUAAAGAUAGAGGUGCCUCUGCGUUCUUACAAGUAUAUGUACACAGUAUGAUUAGGCAUGGACCCGGAAUAGAACUGCUAAUCGAAGUUGCAGAUUUGAUAUGGUGAAGUUGACCCACUUUUUUCAAGUGGCAAUGCGGCAUGGAUAAAAAUCAACAAUGUGAUUCCAAUCAUUUAGCAGAAUUCUCACUAAAGGUCCAAAUCACUCGAAAUAGUGGCGAAAAUCAAGGAAGAAUACAAUCCAACAACAUGGAUGUUUGAUGUGACAACCUCAGCAGCUCAAAAAUGUUAUUAGGAGUUGAUUUUACAGAUGUCUACAAGAACUCAGAUCUAUACAAAACAAAGUUUUGAUGAGUGUAUUAAGCACACCUCGCCCUUGUUCCAAGGACUUGUAUUUUCCAACACACUACUGGCAGUGUUUCUGGAGCCAAUUUGUGGCCUGUUUGUGGAAGCAACACUGGUCUUAUUGGCGUAACACAUCUUACACCGCAGUUAGGUUCCUCUUCACAACUGUCAUUGCAUUGGCUUUAUGGGCAAUAUUCUGGGCCCUUGGUACUAAAGCUCGGAGGAAGAAAAUUUUGCUUAAUGCAAUGGGGUCCAUGUAGAAUGUGGUUCUCUUUAUUGGAUGUAUUCGGCAUUGCCAUAUGCCUUCGGACAAUUAUGGUGUUAUUGUUUAUGCUAUGAUCGGAUUUAAAUGGACAGUGGCCAAGUUUUUCUGGCCCUCUCCAUAAUAUUGAAGGUGAAAACAUGGUUGGUUCGAUUCAAAAUGUGAAGGUUUUCUUGGAAGGGUUACUUUGGGUUUAAGCAUGAGUUUCUUGGAGCAUCCAACUUCCCGUAAAGAUAGAGGUGCCUCUGCGUUCUUACAAGUAUAUGUACACAGUAUGAUUAGGCAUGGACCCGGAAUAGAACUGCUAAUUGAAGUUGCAGAUUUGAUAUGGUGAAGUUGACCCACUUUUUUCAAGUGGCAAUGCGGCAUGGAUAAAAAUCAACAAUGUGAUUCCAAUCAUUUAUCAGAAUUCUCACUAAAGGUCCAAAUCACUCGAAAUGUUUCGAUGGCAGUCGCUGGUGACUGGUAGGGUUGGGCCACCUGACCUGAUUUUUGAGGCCUUUUGACGAGAGAGGACUACAAGAGAUUUGUGUCCUGCCCUUGGGACGUAAUUCAUGCCAUUUCAUUGUUACUUUGAGAGUGGCGAAAAUCAAGGAAGAAUACAAUCCAACAACAUGGAUGUUUGAUGUGACAACCUCAGCAGCUCAAAAAUGUUAUUAGGAGUUGAUUUCACAGAUGUCUACAAGAACUCAGAUCUCUACAAAGCAAAGUUUUGAUGAGUGUAUUAAGCACACCUCGCCCUUGUUCCAAGGACUUGUAUUUCCCAACACACUACUGGCAGUGUUUCUGGAGCCAAUUUGUGACCUUUUUGUGGAAGCAACACUGGUCUUAUUGGCGUAACACAUCUUACACCGCAGUUAGGUUCCUCUUCACAAACUUUCAUUGCAUUGGGUUUUUGGGCAAUAUUCUGGGCCCUUGGUACUAAAGCGUAAGUAGUCGAAACACGGCUUAUUAAUAGUUCUGCUAUUUUGUGGUAAACUCUGGUGCUAAAAUUUCAUGGUUUUUAUGUUUCAAUCGGAGGAAGAAAAUUUUGCUUAAUGCAAUGGGGUCCAUGUAGAAUGUGGUUCUCGUUAUUGGAUGUAUUCGGCAUUGCCAUAUGCCUUCGGACAAUUGAGUUUUAUUUCUACGGUCCUAGUCCACAUUUUUUGCUACCCAUUAUAAAAAUGUGAAUUAUAAAUUAUAAUAUAAUAGUAAUUUGUUUUUGUCUGUGUAACUGGCUGUAUUUGGAAUUACGUAUGCACUUCUACAAUCAUAGUUAUGGUGUUGUUGUUAUGCUAUGAUCGGAUUUAAAUGGACAGUGGCCAAGUUUUUCUGGCCCUCUCCAUAAUAUGCACAUCGUUAUACUUCACUUUCUACGGCAUGGUGUCUGUUCAAUUCCAUUACUCCCAAACAAAAGCAUUGCAUCCAUUGUCGGCACCUUCUUCUAUGGUACAUGAAAUAUCUUUUUAGGAUUCAUCAUUCCACGACCUAUAAGUAUUUUAAUCACUACAUCACUAUUGCUAGGUUUAUGAAUGAUAUUAUCUAUGUCCCAAUUUGAUUAAUGUUUUACAAAAUUGCACACAUUAUGUAACAUUGUAAAAUGACAUUUCAAUCUCUACAAGACUUUUUCAUUAAAUGCCAUCUUGCUUCUUCUAAGCGUAGAAGCAUCUAGUAUGAGAAAAACACAGAAAACUACAUCUCGUAAAAUGAAAAUUAUUUAGUGACAAAAUUUUGGCUAAAGCUAAAAAUACCUUGGGAUGGAUGGAGUAGAUCAAAAUGAUAAUACUUUUUGUGUGUUCUUUUUCUGGUGACAGAGCAUGCAUGUAUGGUGAAGAUGGUAUUUCUGGGUGUGCCCCUUUACGUGGACAGGGGGUUAUUGAAGGUGAAAACAUGGUUGGUUCGAUUAAAAAUGUGAAGGUUUUCUUGGAAGGGUUACUUUGGGUUUAAGCAUGAGUUUCUUGGAGCGGUUUCGAUUAUGACUGGUGUGUUCCACAACCUCCCCCCACCUUUCAUCAUUUCCUUGGCCAUUAAAACAUCCAACUUCCAGUAAAGAUAGAGGUGCCUCUGCGUUCUUACAAGUAUAUGUACACAGUAUGAUGAUUAGGCAUGGACCCGGAACUGCUAAUAGAAGUUGCAGAUUUGUUAUGGUGAAGUUGACCCACUUUUUUCAAGUGGCAAUGCGGCAUGGAUAAAAAUCAACAAUGUGAUUCCAAUCAUUUAUCAGAAUUCUCACUAAAGGUCCAAAUCACUCGAAAUGUAAGUUCAAUGGUAAUUGUUAUUAUUGACGUUAUGUAUCAACUAAGUUCUUUUUUUUGUAAUUUUCGUAUAUGAUAGUAACCGACCUGGCCCGGUGGCCCGGCCAGUGACCGGUUGGGUAGGCCUGGUUCCGGGUUUUUAUUUUUUUUUAACUUUUUGGGUUGGGUUGGGUUGGGUAUUUUGGGCCAUUUGGGAUGUUGGGUGUUUUGGGGGGUUCGGGGUGAGGGGGUGGUUAAUUAGGAAAAAGGAAAAAAAAAAUUGACCCGAGGCCUGGCCCGUCCCUGACCUGGCCCGGACCCGGUGGCUACGUGGGCCGGUCCCAGGCCCACCUAUUCAGUACCGGCAGCCCACCCUGGCCCGGCUCGAAACUACUCCUACAAUAAAGUAAGGUUUUUAGUCUUUUUACCACACUUUUUUAAUCUUUCCUGUUAUAAAAUUUUGAUUGCAAGUAUACUCCUUAUUUAAUUUUUGUUGUAACUUAUAAGCUUCAUAAAAAGUUAAUAUAUUUGAAAUUCACAUAGAAUUUUAAUACAACACAAUAUUUUAUCCAUUUGCCUUUUAAUAUUCCGUUUUUUGCAUUUACAUUUGCUACAUAGCCUCUAUACAUAUACGGAUACCAUUCACCAUAAGUUCCCAUUCACCAUUCACCAAAAUUAAGUUCUCUGAUUUUAUAUUACACUUUUUUCAUAUUUGAAAGAUUUGAUUUCAUCAUCAAUCAAACAUCGUAAACCAAAACUAGAUUUUCUUUUGGUAUUGAUGGAGUGCACAGUGGGGGGGGGGGGGUGUUUGUAGGUAUACUUUUAGUUUUUCAAAGGAUGCCUUUUUAAACAUCCUUACUCUGGUUACAUGCCACACACUCCCAUUUAUUCUAGACGUGGCCUCCUCCACUGAAAGACCGACCUCAGGAGGGAGACGUGUUAAAAUUUAAUAUGAAGUAAUUUAAAAGUUGAAAGUUGUACCUUUUUCAAAGUCAGUUACUGUAAAAGUGCCUCUUUCAAAUUUUAGAGUAUGUUUUUCUAUUUUCUACUCAUUUCUCACUGCGAGACCGUUUUUUUAAUCAUGAUUGCAUUGGUGGGAGUAUUUUAACUUCAACUGAUUUGCUGUGUAUGUCUAAAAUUGAAACUCCAGCCGCACCCUAAUGUCAGACCUAUGACAUAUGCCGAAAGCUUCUUCCAAAUGUUCUCUUAGCUCCAACACAACCGUAUUAUGCACGUCGCCGACAUAAAUCAUGGUUCUGAAAGGCAGGAGAAGAGUCAAGAGAUGCCUCAGAACUUGCUGACAUUACCAUUUGCUUGCCAUGCAUGAUUCUUUUGGGGAGCCUCUAAUUACCUCACUGCUUAUAGGAAUUCUUACAGGACUUAUAUCUUGUAUGCUGACAAAAUAUAGGUUUAUAGUUUCAACGACACGUUUGAAAGAUACAAACUGGUGCGACUAUAAACACUUUAUACUUUCCGCCA